GUGCGUUUCCAUCGUCAGUUCUUCGCGCGAACUCUGCAGCCACGUACGUGAUGGACAGUACGUCCGACUGUUGAAUGUAUUCAACAAUCCGAAGAACCAUUCAUCCACAUUGGGUUCGACGAGGAGUUUUUGGUGAUGUGUUUGGUUUUGUUGGAGUUUGAUUGAUCGAUUUUAUUUUUUCUCAAUAAACUAUGGACUUGUUGCACAAGAUGGACGGAUUCUACAGGCACAGAAGGAUAUCCUUCCCCAAAAGGACGAGCGAACUGAUAGCUUUAAUGGCAAUAUCGACUACGUUGUUUCUUUUCCUGCACACGCGUGAUCUCAACACGAAACUGAAAGAAAUGGAAGUCAAACUACAGCCCGACUACAUCAUAUCAUCGAAUCAAAUUAUUUCAGGAAACAGUGCACCCGCCGGAGUCAAGGCGAUGAUGAAACUUCUACAAAGCACCGGAGAGAUGACGACGCUGGAACCGUAUCAGUUGAACAACACGAGGAAGGCGCAGCAAGAAAUCGUAUUCUUCAAUCGAGUGCCCAAAGUAGGCUCGCAAACUUUGAUGGAGCUGAUCAGGAGGCUGAGCAUAAGGAAUGACUUCGGGUUCCAUCAGGACAGGGUGCAAAGGGUGGAAACCAUUCGAUUGGCGCCCGAGGACCAGGAAGAACUAUCUGGAUUAGUGUCUAGUUAUGAACCACCUGGUGUUUACAUCAAACAUGUGUGCUUUACAAACCUUUCAGCAUAUGGAUAUCCAGAACCAAUAUACAUUAACUUGGUUAGGGAUCCGGUGGAAAGAGUUAUAUCGUGGUACUACUACAUUAGAGCUCCGUGGUACUACGUUGAAAGAAAAAUCGCCUUCCCAGAUAUACCUUUACCAGAUCCUAAGUGGCUCAAAAAAGAUUUUGAACAUUGUGUGGUGUCGGGUGACAGAGAGUGCAAAUAUUUAACAGGCGAGAUCCGUGAAGGAAUUGGUGAUCACAGACGUCAGUCCAUGUUUUUUUGUGGUCAUCACGCCGACUGUUUACCAUUUAACACUGACGGCGCCCUGGAGAGGGCAAAGAGGGCUGUUGAACAGCAUUACGCGGUGGUGGGGGUGUUGGAAGAAUUGAAUACUACCAUGACGGUUUUGGAGAAGUAUGUGCCGAGGUUUUUCCAAGGCGCCUCAGAUAUUUAUUGGAAUGAAAUUAGUAGGUUCAAUCCAAUAAACAAGAACUCCUUCAAACCACCGGUGAGUGAAGAGAUCAAAGAAAUGGUCAGGAGGAAUUUCACAAAAGAAAUCGAAUUCUAUGAAUUCUGCAAACAGAGACUUCACAAACAGUAUUUAGCAUUGAAACUACCCGACAAGCCAUAAGGGAAAUUUCUUUUUAAACCUAUUUAUUUAUUUUUUUUUUUGUUAAAUUUGACGGAACUUAUUUAAAACUAAACCAAC